UUCAACAUCUAAAGCAGGCAGUUUAAAUUUAAAUGAAUUGAGUGGAAGCGAAAUGGAAGACCAAAAUAUGGAGGGGAGGGAAUUACGCAUUCCCGUUGUGAUGGUUCUGUUUGUUCUUUUGUGUUAUUGUGGAAUUGGGGGUUUAUUGUUUUGCAAAUGGGAAGGGUGGUCGUAUUUUGAGGGUUUCUACUUUUGUUUUAUUACAAUGGCAACAGUCGGAUUUGGAGAUAUUGUUCCAACCCAAUCUUCUACUUAUAUCAUUUUAGCUUACAUAAUAUUUGGUUUAUCAUUAGCAACAAUGUGUAUUGACUUGGCCGGCACAGAAUAUAUUCGCAAAAUUCAUUAUCUCGGCUCGAAAAUGGAAGAUGCUAAGGGUACAGUAAUUACGGGACUUAGGGCCGGAGAAUAUAUUCUUAAACAUAGAGGCAUCGAAGUGAUCAGAACAGCUAGCGGCAAAUUGAUACAAGUUGGUGGGGCAAUGCUUAGCCUUAAACAAGCUAGAGAGUUGGGUGUUAGUUAUGUUCUAUCAGAACUUGAUUUGGACAGUAAAAAUUCAAAAAAUAAAUUGUAUGAUCCUCCUAGUGCUGCUGUACAGAGAUUAUUAAAAGGAAAAAAUAUUAAGAUUAUGCCAAAUGAAAUUAAUGAAGACGACGGAGUAAUAUUACAAAAUAGUAGUUAUGGAAAGCCUUUUUUGUUACUACAAGCUAGUCCAAAUGCUAUACAUCGGUUUUUGAAUCAUUUUAAAUUUUUAACUUUUAUUUUUAGUUAUAUGGUCCCAGCAGACAGAACACAAAAUAAUUCUUAUGCAUUACUUGUUCCUCUUAAUUUAAAGGAAUCUAAUAUUUGA